CGUCGUUGCAUAUAUCAUAUCCUCUGCUUCCCCCCUCGCUACCGCAACCCUAGUUCUGUUUGGAGCUCGUGUUGCCCUUCGUCAACCUAAGCAGUCUUGUCGUAUCUUCAUCGUCGUUGCUUCUUAGACACCUCCCACUGUCGCCAGUGGUUUCGAUUGUGUCUAGAUCUGGUACUAUUACGUAGAGCUAGUACUCUCGUAGUAUUCCACCGCAUCCGACCAUCCGUCACAGCAUACUUACAAACACCCUCGCACCGGCAACGUAGCUGCCAGCAACCUCCAACAUGGGCGCGAAAUCGGGUUUUGCCCUCAAGCUACUCCAGUGGUUCAUUCGCGGCGUGCAGUUCUGCUGCGCCGCCCUCGUCCUCGCCAUCUUUUCAUACUUCCUCGCCGUGUUGAGCAAUCGCGGUCUGUCGAUACCGACGUGGGCACGUGCCGUCGAGGGCAUUUCGGGCAUCGGGGUCAUCUAUACCAUCCUCGGUCUUCUGCUCCUGUGCUGUCUGGCCGGCCACCCCUUUACCUCCUUUAUCGCCAUCGUGCUCGAUGUCUGCUUCGUCGGGUCCUUCAUCUACGUCGCCGUCGCCAACCGCGGAGGGGCUAGUAGAUGUCGCGGCGAGGUUGAUACCGUCUUCGGCACCGGCCAAGCUGCCGACCUAAUCAACGACCAGCAUCCAACCUUUAGACAGGUCUGCCAGAUGGAGACUGCCUGCCUCGCCGUCUCGAUUGUUGCAAUCCUAUUUUUCAUCCUCUCGGCGAUUCUCGAAGUCGUGCUCGUCCGCCACCGCCGUAAGGAACAGCGGUUUGGCCCCAGCCCGGCCAACGACUACACGUCCGGUUAUGCCAGACGCAAGGGUCUCUUCGGCCGCUUUCGUCGCCGGAAGACAGUUGAAACGACGAACGCGGAUGGUCUGCCCGAACAUACUCAUCCAGACCACUUGCGUCAGAGUUACAACACCGAGACUACGGCCGUUGGUCACGAGCCGGCGACUUACAAUAAAUACCAACACGACGGCCAGGUUGCGUACCCCGAGACCGGUACUGCCGUGACGCACAGCCAGCCGGCUGGGUUCCGUUACUAGCGGCCGAGGCGCUCGGUUGUGAUGGAUCGGCUUGUUAUGGGUCUACCUAGAGUCAACACGGGUAGAUUACUAUCGCUCGUUACUCUUCGCGCGGGGAAAUAUGCUAUUGCUAGAUAAUGACUCAGGAUUGGACGAGAUUGUCGCCGAACAAAGCUUCAAUCCAAACCUUUAAUGAUAAUGAUAUUAGGCACUUGUGACUCACUUGCUGUGGCGUACACGUGCGUAGAGAUUGUAUCUACUUCCCGUAUUGCCGUUGAC